AUGGCACGCGAGUUUAUGAUCCGCCUGAGCGAGUUUAUGAUCGUGGCCCGCGAGUUUACAAUCAGCCGGAGCGAGUUUAUGAUCGGGGCCUGCGAGUUUACAAUCAGCGAGUUUAUGAUCGUGGGCCGCGAGUUUACAAUUAGCCCGAGCGAGUUUAUGAUCGCGGCCCGCGAGUUUACAAUUAGCCCGAGCAAGUUUAUGAUCGCGGCCCGCGAGUUUACAAUUAGCCCGAGCAAGUUUAUGAUCGCGGCCCGCGAGUUUAUGAUUGUAGCACACGAGUUUAUGAUCACUGCACCCGAGAUUUCGAUCAGUCUGAGCGAGAUCAAAAUCAUGACACACGAGUUUAGAGUCCGUCAGAGCGAGUUUAAGAUCAUGCCGCGCGAGUUUAGGAUCGGUCAGAAUGAGACCAAAAUCAUGGUGCACGAGUUUAUGCUCGGCUUGAGCGAGUUUGAAACCAUGGGACGCGAGUUUACGACCAAUCUUGGCGAGUUUGACAUUCUGAUGUGCGAGUUCAAAGUCAGGGUGCACGAGACGAAGGCUUAA